UUUCGUGAUUCUUUUUUCAAAAUACCAAAACCUAUUUCAAAAUUAUUACUUCCACUCAGGGUCAAGUCACACGUGAGAUGCAGAAAGAUGCACCAAAAUUACAAGCAACAACAUAAUUACUUUUUUGAAUCUUCAAAGUUCAAACCAAUACAAUUAUAAUUUUGCCUAUAAAUUUCUUCACAAAACUGCUUCCUACUUGAUGAACUAUAUCACAUGUUCCAAAUAUAGACGAGAACAAAACAAAAAAGAGUCGUCGAUAAGAGUCCUUGUAAUCCCCAAAAUGCCCUUCAACAUAACCGCCGUGAAAACCUCAUCUAACGGAGCAUGGCAAGGCGACAAUCCCUUAAACUUCGCUUUUCCGUUACUCAUCGUCCAAACGGCGUUAAUCAUCGCCGUCAGUCGCUCCCUCGCCGUCUUAUUCAAACCUCUCCGUCAACCCAAAGUCAUCGCCGAGAUUGUCGGAGGGAUUUUGUUAGGACCAUCGGCUUUAGGUAGAAACACGGCGUAUAUGGACCGUAUAUUUCCGAAAUGGAGUAUGCCGAUACUCGAAUCCGUCGCGAGCAUAGGACUUCUCUUCUUCCUCUUCCUCGUCGGUCUCGAGCUCGAUUUAUCAUCGAUCCGACGAAGCGGCAAACGCGCUUUUGGAAUCGCAGUCGCCGGAAUCACACUACCGUUUAUCGCCGGCGUUGGAGUCGCGUUUGUGAUCCGUAACACUCUCUACACCGCCGCGGAUAGACCAGGAUACGCCGAGUUUCUCGUUUUCAUGGGAGUCGCACUCUCGAUCACAGCUUUUCCAGUACUCGCGCGUAUUUUAGCAGAGCUCAAGCUUUUAACUACUCGGAUCGGAGAAACCGCGAUGGCUGCAGCCGCUUUCAACGAUGUAGCCGCGUGGAUUUUGCUCGCUUUAGCGGUUGCGUUAGCGGGUGAUGGCGGUGAGGGCGGUGGAGAGAAAAAGAGUCCGUUAGUGUCGUUGUGGGUUUUAUUAUCGGGUGCUGGGUUUGUGGUUUUUAUGUUGGUUGUGAUCCGACCCGGAAUGAAAUGGGUCGCGAAACGUGGAUCUCCUGAAAACGACGUCGUACGUGAGUCUUACGUGUGUUUGACGUUAGCCGGAGUUAUGGUUUCCGGUUUCGCGACGGAUUUAAUUGGGAUUCAUUCGAUUUUUGGAGCGUUUGUUUUCGGUUUAACUAUACCGAAAGAUGGAGAGUUCGGUCAGAGGUUAAUUGAACGGAUUGAGGAUUUUGUUUCCGGUUUACUCUUACCGCUUUAUUUCGCGACGAGUGGGUUAAAAACUGACGUGGCAAAGAUCAGAGGAGCUGAGUCGUGGGGGAUGUUGGGUCUUGUUGUGGUUACAGCUUGCGCCGGGAAGAUCGUCGGAACUUUUGUUGUGGCGGUGAUGGUUAAAGUUCCGGCGAGAGAGGCUUUGACACUUGGUUUCUUGAUGAAUACUAAAGGUUUAGUGGAGCUCAUUGUACUCAACAUAGGCAAGGAGAAAAAGGUACUAAACGAUGAGACGUUUGCAAUAUUAGUGCUAAUGGCACUCUUCACAACGUUUAUAACGACGCCGACUGUAAUGGCCAUUUACAAGCCGGCACGUGGCACCCACCGCAAAUUAAAAGACUUGUCCGCGAGCGACGGCUCAACCAAAGAAGAGCUUCGCAUCCUAGCCUGCCUCCACGGCCCAGCCAAUGUCUCCUCCCUCAUCUCUCUCGUCGAGUCCAUCCGAACCACCAAGAUACUGCAGCUAAAGCUGUUCGUGAUGCAUCUGAUGGAACUAACGGAACGGUCUUCGUCAAUCAUAAUGGUGCAAAGAGCCCGUAAAAACGGACUUCCUUUCGUUCACCGUUACCGUCAUGGUGAGUGUCACAGCAGCGUCAUAGGAGGCUUCGAAGCCUAUCGGCAACUAGGCCGGGUCGCGGUCCGGCCCAUCACCGCAGUCUCUCCAUUACCCACAAUGCACGAAGACAUUUGCCACAUGGCAGAGACCAAGAGGGUCACAAUGAUCAUUUUACCUUUCCACAAACGAUGGAACGUUGAUCAUGGUCAUGGUCACCAUCAUCAAGAUGGUGGAGAUGGAAACGUACCGGAAAACGUUGGUCAUGGUUGGCGAUUGGUUAACCAGAGGGUUUUGAAGAACGCGCCGUGUUCUGUGGCGGUUCUUGUGGACCGUGGACUUGGAUCCAUUGAGGCCAAAACUUCGAGCCUAGAUGGGUCAAAUGUGGUUGAAAGGGUUUGUGUGAUUUUCUUUGGUGGGCCUGAUGAUCGUGAGGCUUUAGAGCUCGGCGGGAGGAUGGCGGAGCAUCCGGCCGUUAAAGUUACCGUUAUUAGGUUCUUGGUGAGAGAAACGUUGAGGAGUAACGUCGUUACCUUACGACCGGCACCUUCUAAAGGCAAGGAGAAGAACUAUGCCUUUUUGACAACCAACGUGGAUCCAGAAAAAGAAAAGGAAUUAGACGAAGGGGCAUUGGAAGACUUUAAGAGCAAAUGGAAAGAAAUGGUGGAGUACAAAGAAAAGGAACCAAACAACAUCAUUGAAGAAAUACUGUCAAUAGGACAAAGUAAAGACUUUGACCUUAUAGUGGUUGGAAGGGGGAGGAUACCGUCGGCUGAGGUUGCGGCAUUAGCUGACCAUCAGGCCGAACAUCCCGAGUUAGGUCCUAUAGGGGACGUGCUCGCCUCUUCGAUCAACCACAUCAUCCCAUCAAUCCUUGUGGUUCAACAACAUAACAAAGCUCAUGUAGAGGAUAUUACCGUUUCCAAAAUUGUUAGUGAGUCUUCUCUAAGUAUUAUUAACGGAGACACAAAUGUAUGAUAACAAUAAAUAAAUUGAUGUAGUAGCUUAAACUUUGGCUUAAUGCAUGGUUAAAGCUAAGUGGUUAGUUGAAGAUGUAGUUUAUCUACAAUAUAUAGAUAGAUCAGCGUCUACAUAUAAAUAACCAUGAUUGGGCAUCUUGUUGAGAUGUAGACUAGUAUGUAAAUGAUAGUAAUGUAUUAAAAUGUGAAUAAUUAUUGUAUGGUAUCU